CGGGUGAGAAUACUGCUGCUCAUCAUUCUCGCCUCCGUUACGUCUUAUUAUCUGCUCUUCAGCGGCCCAAGCCCACGUUUCAGUAUCGUGCCCUACCUGCCCGACCAGCGCGUCACGCAGGGCACUCAGCCCAACACCCCAGCUUCUCAGGCGCCGGCAGGUGACAACAAGGUUGACGACCAACCUGCCCCAGACCUGGAAAUGCUGGAGUCUUGGGACUUGAACAUUGAAGAUUUACGCCAGUGGAAGGAUCCUGACGACAAGGAAGACCCCAACGAUGUCGCUCCUGGCUAUGAAACCGAUGGAAAGGAUAGAGACUCUGGUACUAUCAGCAGACUGCAGCAUGAGAAAGACAUGAGGAAAAUGUGGAGAUAUGCAUACAAAACCACUGCAAACCUCGAAUCAUCCAACAAGAUCUACGGCAACACGCUCUCGACUCUUGAUUACAAGGAGAACCGCACAGAAGCGCUGGAAGAGAAGCUCAGGGAAGACCCUGAUGCUACCGUUGGCUUCAGCGUCGAUAAGCCCGUUCGAUUCAACCCAUACCCAGACUACAACAGUGAAACGUGGAACAAGGCGAAGCACGCUUCUUAUGUGCCUUGCAAGGGUCCAUCUGGAGAGAUUGUCCAAGACUUGCUAGUUUUCAAAGGACGUCCCCACAACUUCCCCGAGCCCAAAUUUGGAAGCUACUCUCUGUUUAACAUGGAUCCCAACUUGUGCUGGGAGCGAGAGACACGCUUAGGCCCUUAUGGUUUGCUACAGCAAACGAAAAAGGUUGGCGGCGAAGUCGAGGUUAUCGAUUGGGAGAAUGUCAACUGGGGCGACCUGGUACAGCGAUGUGUUCAGUCCAACGCCGCAAGAUUCGAUCUCAGCAAGGAAAGGAAGAACGAGUACCUGAGCGUCUAUCCGGAAGUUGCAGAAUCUCUAGCCCCUAAAGAAGAUGACAAGAAGGACGGAGAAGCAAGCAAAGCCCCUGAAGCCCAGAAGGACAAAGAGCCGUCGGGCGAAUUCCCCAACUUGGACGACAAGACCUUGAAGAUUAAGGGACGAUCGCCAGCUGACCCAGCUGACCCAGCUGACCCCGACACGAAGAAAGAUAGCUCUGAGGUUGUAAAAGAGAAACGCUCCGCGGUUUUGCUUCGUUCGUAUACGGGUAAAGUCUACACCGAGAACGACAAGGAGACGAUUCGCGCCAUGAUUAGCGAGCUUUCUCUCAAGACUGGUGGCGAAUUCGAGAUAUUCUUGCUUGUUCAGGUCAAGGACAAGGAUGUAACCCACCUCGAUGACCCGGAAGUGUACCGAAGCGUUUUGCAGAAGCGCAUUCCUGUCGAGUUCCACGGCAUCACCCUUUUGUGGAAUGACCAGCAGGUUUGGGACAUUUACACCAAACUCACGGACGACAACGAGCGUAGCGUUCACACGGCACAAUGGCUAAGUGUCCAGAAAUUCAGCAUGGAUCAUCCCGAAUUCGACUAUAUUUGGAACUGGGAAAUGGACUUCCGCGUCACUGGCCAUCACUACGACAUGGUUGAUAACCUGGCCAAGUUCUCCGCGAAGCAGCCGCGCCGAGGUUCCUGGGAGAGGAAUGAGCGGUGGUAUAUCCCCGAACACCAUGGCGACUAUGAUACGACCUUCCGAAAGGAAGUCGAGGAAACUUAUGGCGAAUCUACCGUCUGGGGUGCCCCUGACUUGCCUUUUAUCACGCCGGUUGGCCCUAAGCCUCCGGUGAAGUCAGCGGGAGAAGAUAACUAUUCAUGGGGCGUUGGCGAAGAGGCGGAUUUUAUUACUCUGGGCCCCAUCUUCGAUCCUGUGAACAGCAACUGGAUUAUCCGCGAUAAUGUUUGGGGAUAUUCAGACAAGACUCACAGAGCCCGCGAUCUUCCUCGUCGUACCACGAUUGUCACCCACUCUCGUCUGUCGAAGCGUCUGCUGGAUAUCAUGCACGUCGAGAACUUGCGCGGAAACCACGUUGCCUCCGAAAUGACGCCUCAGACCGUUGCCUUGCUCCAUGGCCUCAAGGCAGUUUAUGCCCCGCAUCCCAUCUUUACGGACCGCGACUGGAACGGUAAAUUCCUCAACCAAUGGUUCAACCCUGGCCCCAAGGGAGAAUCUGGUGGAUAUGGAAGCCCCAUGGGCUGGGGCAGAGAGCGACGAUACCAGGGCAAUUCCUGGUACUACCGAGCAGAGCCACCGAACCGAAUGUACAACAACUGGAUGGGCUGGAUUGAUACAGGCAUGGGAGGCCAGGAGUGGGAGCAGCAACACGGACGACCGUGCCUGCCAUCCAUCUUGCUCCAUCCUGUCAAAGAUACAAAGGCUACAAAAGAAGGCCAUAAGACUGGAUUUGAGCUGUUUUACGGCUAA